GGCUACUACUUUGAUCGGGAUGACGUGGCUCUGGAGGGUGUAGGCCACUUUUUCCGCGAACUGGCGGAGGAGAAGGGCGAGGGUGCCGAGCGUCUCCUCAAAUUCCAGAACGACCACGGCGGCCGUGCUCUCUUCCAGGAUGUGCAGAAGCCAUCUCAAGAUGAGUGGGGUAAAACCCAGGAGGCCAUGGAAGUUGCCUUGGCCCUGGAGAAGAACCUGAACCAGGCCCUCUUGGAUCUUCAUUCCCUGGGUUCCGGUCGCACAGAUCCUCAUCUCUGUGAUUUCUUGGAAAGCCACUUCCUGGAUGAGGAGGUGAAGCUCAUCAAGAAGAUGGGCAACCACCUGACCGACAUCCGUAGGGUGGCUGGCCCCCAGCCAACGCAGACUGGCGUGCCCCAGCCAUCUCUGGGCGAGUAUCUCUUUGAGCGGCUCACUCUCAAGCAUGAUUAGGAGGCCUCACCUUCCAAGGGGCACCCUCUGCUUUGCACCAGCCAGCCUCAGGACCUUCACCCGAACCACUAGACAGCUUUGUAAUCGCACUGGAGCCCCUCUCAGGUCUUGGACCAAGAAAAAAAUAAAGCUCUUUGAAACAGCA